AUGUAUGGCGCGAUGUCCUUGCUCUACAUCAUGACCAUUUAUGGAGGUAUGGGUCGGCAUACAGCCGAUCUCCCUCCAGAAGCCCUCAUUAUUACACUCAAGUCCCUCCUCUCGGUGGAAAUCACCUACGGCACUUCCCUUGGUCUAGUCAAGACCUCCAUCGCUCUCUUCUUUGUUCGCAUCUUUGGAGCCAAGCCCAGCUUCAACGUUGCAGUCUCGAUCUCUUUGUUCAUUGACAUCACGAUCAAGGACACUUGCGGUAAUCGUCCGGCUGCGUUCAUGGUUGCUGGUGUUAUGAAUGUGGUCACCGAUUUGAUGGUUAUUUCAUUGCCUCUGCCUCAUGUCUGGAAGUUGAAGCUCAAUGUUCAUAAGAAGAUUGGCCUUACCUCCGUGUUUGGUGUUGGUGUUGUCAUCUCGGUCAUCAGUGUGGUCCGUCUCAUCUCAAUCACCAAACUGGACUUCACCGAUCCAACAUAUACCCUCCUCGAUCCUAUUCUGUGGACAGUGCUAGAACCCCAACUAGCAAUUGUCUGUGCCAACAUGCCAUUCUUUAAAACAAUUAUCGCCGCUAUCGCUCCGGCGAUGGGAUCAUCCGCCGAUCGAAAUAUGGACGCGCUCGGCACGAAGACGCAUACUGUCCAAGUUAAUAAUAACUUUGACUCUAAGUUGGCUAAAACCGAUGUUGAGUCUGUUAGCUCGGAUGAACAGCGCUUGGCUACUCAUGCUGGUCCUUAUGGUAUUAGUGUUACUCGGAAAUUUGAUGUGCACUAUGAGAACUCCAGCAUGCGGAAGCAGUGA